GUGCAGUAUGUGGCACCAUUGCAAGGGGCGGUCACUGAUCAGCUGAGCCGCGGCAGGAAGGUUGCGUCACUGCGGCACAAUACCCGAUAGGAGCAGUUUUAUGUGGCAUAUCAUGCUAAGUCAGCUGGAUACAGUUAACUAAAGCUAAACAAGGUGUUGUGUUUGUACUGAGGCACAAUGGUUGAGAUUUCAACUGUUGCUAUUGGAAUUCUUCUCUCCCUAGAGUUUGGCUAUUUCUUGAAGGUCCUUGUUCAUGGAUUUGGUGCAAAGCUCUUCUUGAGUAAGAUUCACCCUCUUAAAUCUUCAAGAAUAUAUGGAAUAUGUACAACACGUGACAUUGACUUCAUGCUGAAUCACAUCAACAAUGGACGCUAUAUACGGGCAAUGGACUUUGGGAGGCUGGACCACUGUAUCCGAUCUGGCAUCUUCAAGUCUGUCUCCAAGAGUGGUGCCACACUGCUUGUGGCUGCAACCACUAUAAGAUAUCGCAAGCCUGUGUACCUCUUUGUGCCAUACAGACUUCAGUCACAAAUCGUGUAUUGGGAUGACAAGAACAUGUACUACCGUCAAGACUUUAUAACUCUUCACGACAACUUUGUACGGGCAACAGCCUACGUCAAGCUUGCAGUGUUAGGCUCACAACCAGAGGAGCUGCUGUUAGCAGUGACUCGAGAGAACAUUGCCUUACCUGAAGCACCUGAUGAUCUCCUUUCUUGGAUAGAGUACAAUAGACAAAGUAGUCAGAAUCUCAAAAAGUCACUAUAAGCAAUUUACUGUAUUGUUCAUGGAGCCAAUAAUACUGAUUACUGUGAUAUACUAUAGGUAUAGCAGAUAUAAUACAUGUGAUUAACUUGAUUGGCUCCAGUAGCUUCCUAGUAUGAUCUCCAGGUGUUAAGUACAAGUACCAUAGCAUUAGUGAUGUGUAAAUGACUGAUAGACAUUGGUCCAUGAAGAUCACAAAACAAAUUAUAAUUUUUAAGAAUUAACAUUUGCCUAAGAUAUAUGAUCUGAUGCCAUAAUUCAAAACAUAAGAUAAAGAAGGUGUUCCUGCCAUACAUUUGGAAUCUCACAGCCACAAGCCUAAGACACUCUCAGGGUGACAAAAUUUGCCAGUUGUAAUAGGUCUUAAGAAUAAUGAUCUGCUUGACACAAGGGAUGAGAUCAAUUAAUGAUUGUCUGAAUUAUUAUUCUCUGAAGAGCUAGAUAUGAUUAAGCACUGAAGAUGAAGGAUUCAUCAGUAUUGCAUUGGAAUUUAGUGAUUGUGAUGAGUGUUGAAGCUGGAUGUAUGAAAACAAUAUAUAUAUUCAGUGUAGUAUGACUACUUACAUGAGUUGCUACCCAUAUCUGUAUGUUAGAAUGAGGUUCCCCCUUGAAAGAGCAUAACAGAAAGAGGCUUCUGGCUUUGUCUUAUUGUAGGAAUAAGAAUAGAGAGGAGGAACCACCAUUCCCCUUGCUCCGUCCUUUUCAGUCACCUUUUCUGACACAAAGGGAACACAGUGGCUGUAUUCUUUCUUCCUUCUCAUUGUGGAAUGUGCAGCCAGGCAGUGUUCCCUUAUGUCUCUUUCUCUCACUUGCACAAAUCAUCCAGUUUUGUUACUUUCUCAUCAGUUUCCUUGGAGCUGAGUGUGCAUUUACCUGGCUUUAUUGUUAUUUAUUUAUUCAUCUAUAUUUAUAAACAUAUUUAUUUGCUAAAAUAGUAAAAACCAAUAAAUAUUAAGUGUA